GUCACCAUGGCCGCCCAUGUCCUCGCGCCGUCAGCAAUCAGCCAACGCAACUCACGGUGGUGCACACCACUGGGAUCCAGACGAUGAACGUCCAUUAUUGCGACUGCCACAACGGCUGCGACGCCCCGCUGGAACGCCCGAUCCAACUCUGGAGGGCCGGGCUGUGGCCCGCAUCGUUCUCCCGCCCUCAGACGCUCACGUUCCAAGCCAAAACAACAGCCCACGAUUUCUACGACUUUGCGAAGGCUAACCUCCAACGCGUUCUCGACGUGAAGGUAUCGGAGUUCCUCAUGUCGCACCGGCAGUACACCUACCUGGAGACAUUGAAGAGGUUCGCGGCCGAAGUGAAGAGGAAACCCGAUCCCGGUAGUCUCGCCCUGCGCUGCCCAGCUUGUCCUCAACCUGAUAUCAACAUGGACCCGCAUUGGAAGGACCGACCACAGCAGGAUCGGUACAAGGACGCGCUGCAUUACGGGAAAGAUGGCAACUUCACCCUGCACCAACACGAUAAGAAGAUGGAUCCACUGGAUUUCCCGUUGAUGAACGGUGGAGCUUACUACGUCGACAGUGAGAAGUACCAGGAGUACCUCGAGAAGAUGAAGACGGCAAACUGCAGCAACUUCAAUGCGCUUUCCGAUCGUUACAAGGGCAAGAUCAAAACCGGUCAGGUCAGCCUGUCUUGCACGCGCCAUGGAUAUGUCCUCCCCUGCGGAACUGUCGACUUACACAUCGGCGAACGCUAUGCCAACGUCGAUUACGCGACAUUAUGUGGCCUUCAAUGGUUCACGUCGCUUUCGCUGUGGAUAAGCUCUUACGACGUCAAUUGCAAAUACGGCAUAAAUUGGUGGCACCGCAUCAAGCAGAUCGCUUCCACCUUACCGUCGGAGCUGUGGCCUGUGAUCCGCCGCUGCGUCCCGAAGUUCCACAUGCCCUCGCACACAGGCAUCUGCAAGUACCCGUUUUCGUUUUACUAUAUGCCUGGAUGGGCUGCCCAGAAUGCCAUCGGGCGAUCGGUGCGCGAGAUGGGACCCGGGCACAGGCAAGACGUCCUCGACGCACACAACUCCGAUUUCAACGCACAAAAGAUGUUCAAGAUCGGGCGAUCUCUACAGGGGAAGUUGAAACUCGCAGACAAAUACUAUGGCAAGAAUCGGGCUCAGCUGGAUGGCUUGGAGAAGACCUUGACGACGAAUCGGCGCCCAUUAGACGAGUGGCGCAGGGACGAAGCCGCGUACAUUGCUCAAAUGACGGACCCAAUUUCGACGGAACCAAGGUUGAAGCGAGAAGAGACAUCGGCGCGCCAGAAGCCGAUGCCGAAUGCCGGUACGAAGCGCAAAGCAUCAGCGCUAGAUACGACUGGCAUCGAGGAGACGGUGAGAGGAGGUCUGGGGGACAUGCUGGUGGCUGGCUUUGAGCUGGAACAGGAACAGGAAGCCUUCAAAGCCAAAGUUGUCGCGUACGAAAAGGAGCCGUCGUCCGACAAGUACAACAGCAUCGCCAAAGAACGAUCGAAACUCGAGAGGCGGCUUGUGGACUGGCUUCUGUGGCAACAGAGGGUCAUGGGCCCGAGUCUCCUCAUGGUUGAGGCGGAUGUUCAGGCCGAGUGGCCGUCAAUAGACUCAGUCGCUGCUGAACAAGCCACGGUACUCGUCCCCUCUGCGUAUUCGCAAGAGAUACGCAGGCAUGCAUCUCUUGAGCGGUUCGUUGUUGCUGAGCAGGAGCUGCGCGUGGCUCACGCCAACGAUACUCUAAAGAAGAUCCGGCAGAAGCUUCACUUCGAAGCAUAUUACCGCGGACAGAAUGCGGGGUCGUUCGGGCAGCAGGCGCAAACCAGAUAUAGUAAGCUGAAGACGGGCGAGCGCGAGAAGAUAGAGGCAUUGCGAAAGGAAUACGAGCGAGCGCGACUCAAGGUGGAUCGGCUGGCAACGAGAGACAGACCGAAUACGUUGAGACCCCUCCUCGUGGAACAGUGCCGGCCUCCAGUCGUCGCGAAAGAGAACGUCGGUAGGCAAAAGGAGUCAGUGUCUUGGAUCUGGCGGGAUGGUACGUACCAUGACACUGCACUCGACAAGUGGGCGCUGGAAGCCUGUCGACUUGAAUGGUUCCGGGCAAGUGCUCGCACAACGAGAUGGAAUGAGGAGGUGGAGAUUGUGAAGGAAGAGAUGAGGCGCGUGCAGCGAUACUUCCACUACUGCAUGAAGAAGUGGGAGGAGCGUGCCGAAGUUGUGUGCACAAAUCUUGACGAGCAAGGAGCGGCUGCUUUCGCGGCAAGGCAGUCGUCAAUGUACUCACGUCUGCUGACGGAUGCGCAGAAGUGUUUCCCGCUGUCGUUGCAGAUCAUUUUUGACGACAUGGUCGCACCACUAGAGGUUAGUAUGAUUGAUGGUGAGGAUGGCGAUACUGCUGCUGUAGAGCUGGCAGAGCUGAAUGCAGGUGAAGUUGACGAUGAGGAGAGCAUGUACGAGUAGUGCACGAAGAAAUAUUUCAUUUGCAGAGAUGAUUAAUGCUACUUGGGGGGACAAAUGUCGUCGGCGAGUACUCGGGGAGCAACCAUCGUCCGUGAGUACUCAGAGUGAACAUGCCAGUCCGUGAGUACUUGGAGAGCAACCAACAUCCGCGAGUACUCAGGGAGUGAACCUCGCCGCCGAGUACUCAGGGAGCAACCCCUGCCCGUGAGUACUCAGCGAGCGAGCCUUGUCAGCGAGUACUUAUGUGAUCGCGAGUAUUCGUGGUUUAUAUGGGUGUAAUACAGUCAUUUUUUUCUCGUCAGAAUAGUAUAACAAAAUGAGUAAAUACUCAUUGAAUAGUAUUUGGGUUCCCCCCAACUAUUGG